CUUGACUUCGAGUCGCGCGCGUCGUCUCGCCGCGCCUGAGUGGCUGGACUCGCACAGCCUUCAAUAUGCGUAGGCCCGUAAGUGCCUGCAACGUCCCCGUUUCCGACCAAAUUCUAUUUUGGUAGGUCGGCAGAUACCUCAGGAAUGGUGUCGUACAUGACUGUUACACGCCGCGCUGCCUGAAACGAAUUCCUAAUUGAAUUUAGUUCGGAGAUCGCGCUGACAUGCUGACCUCAGUCACUGUUAACUAGUCGCGCCUCGCCCGACUCUGUACACAACAAUCCUUAUACUAGUCUCUCUAGACGAAUUAAGUGUCUUCUCUCGCUGUCCGUGCCCAUCUUCAAAGCGGCGCUGAGAGGGCCAAUUCUCUGCGCAUGUCUUCGCACUUCUGGUAAGUUGUCGAAUUACAAUGACAUUCCGGAAAGCUGCUUACAUCCAAACUCACGUCUUGGGGUCUUCGAAUUCUCUCCAGUUAUCUUGGGAGCGAAUACUAAAUCUUACGAGUGCGGUUUAUUUCAAGUCCUGGUCCGGCACAACCAUCGGUCACCCUCCCGACAAUGGCGGUGGAGGUGGAGGCCUUGUCACGAAUGUCACCAUCCGCAACGCAGAGUUGUAUAACGUCUCUCUGCCUAUCCAUGUCUAUCAAACCAAUGGAGCACACCCAGGCGACUCACCAUCAACACUGCAAUUUGCGAACCUGAGCUUCUACAACUUUACGGGUACAUCGUCGGGCAGUACCAUUGUUGAUAUAGCAUGCAGCCCUGCUGCGCCGUGUCCUGGAAUGGUGUUUGACAAUAUCAACAUCACCGUGAAUACCGGAGCAGAGCCGAUGUAUACCUGUACGAACGUUGUUAGCCAGCAGGGACUGUCUAGCUGCAACACUACCUCGACAUGAUACGUUGAGAUACGACUACAGAUCGACUUUUGGUUUUGAGUGCUACACGCGGCCGAGCUUGUGUCUGUAAUACGUGGGGCGGGCAGUCAAGUACCUAGACAUGUUGAGAUCUUACUCACUUUGCAAUUGAUAUUUGUUGAUUCAUCCCCC